UGCCCGGCCGCGCAUGGAAGAGUCGCUCUGCGCAGCUGCGGGAGCCUUUAAGCCCGGACUCCCGGGCUGUAACUUGCCUUUGCUGCUGGGAGCGAGGUAGCCGCUGUUCGUCCUUGUCUUUCCCCUUCCCCGCCCCGGGAACCCCGGCUCGCCUAGCCUCGCCUCGCCUCGCCGCGCCCCUCCGGCGGCCGGCCGCCCUCCCGCCGUCGCUACAGCGGAGCCCGUGCCCGCGAGCUCCGGCAUGCCUCGGUACGAGCUGGCUUUGAUCCUGAAAGCCAUGCAGCGGCAAGAGACCGCCACUGCCCUGAAGCGCACGAUUCAAGCCCUACUGGAUAAAGGGGCAGUAGUGAGAAAUUUGGAAAACCUGGGUGAAAGGGCACUUCCAUAUAAGAUCUCCAUACAUAAUCAACGCCAUCACAGAGGAGGGUAUUUCUUGGUGGAUUUUUAUGCACCAACAACAGCUGUUGACAAAAUAAUGGAACACUUAUCCCGAGACAUUGAUGUGGUCAGACCGAAUAUUGUGAAACACCCACAAACCUUGGAAGUGAGAGAGUGUGAAGGCAUUGUUCCUGUUCCUUUUGAAGAUAAAUUAUAUUCCAAGAAGAAAUAAAUGGAAGAUGUGGCUGGCUGCAGCCUAAUUGCCUGACAAAAGUGCACAAUUUAUUAUCAGUUCACUAUUCUUGACCUUUAAUUGUGUAUCAACUUUGUAAUUAACACAUGGCAAGUGUACUUUUAAUUUUUGAAAGUUAAUAUGUUAAUAUAAAGUUAAUAUAAUAAUAAAAUUAAUAUAAUAAUAAAGUAAACUUGGGUCUCUCUUCUCAGAAGAAUGUGACUUGUUCAAGGAAAAUUGCCCAGUUAUCUUCAGGUCUAUGUAAGGCUAUAAUAUCAUUUUCUGAAGUCAUUUUUUAUUAAAAAAAAAAAAAGA